AUGGCAUCAUCCUGCUGGUGUAAAUUCUUAGCUCUGCUUUAUUUUGCGUUAUUAUUGUUCAGUAAUCCUACAUGCAGUACUUCUUUUGUGCAGAGGCAGACGCUUUGCCGCGAAGAGGAGCGCUCUGCCUUACUGCAAUUCAAGGCUAGUCUCAAGACAAACAUGACUGCUUCUAGUGAUCCCCUUGCUUAUCCAAAGGUUGCAUCUUGGGACAGGCCCGAAGGUGAUCCUCAAAGGAGUAAUUGUUGUUCUUGGGAUGGUAUUGAAUGCAAUGAGGAAUCUGGCCAUGUUAUUGGCCUUGACCUUGGCAGCAGCUGCCUUCAUGGUUCCAUCAACUCCAGUAGUAGUCUGUUUCAACUUGUUAGGUUGCAGAGGCUUGAUCUCUCUGACAAUAACUUCAACUUCUCUGAAAUACCAUCCAGGUUAGGCCAUGAUCUUACGAGUCUAACAUAUCUCAACCUUUCAAUGUCUUCAUUUUCUGGACAAAUUCCAUUAGAAAUUUCAUAUCUAUCAAAACUGUCUACCCUUGAUCUGUCUUCAAGUUCCUGGCCUCCUCUCAAACUGCCCAACUUCAGAAGCCUAACUCAAAAUUUGACCAGCAUAAAACAACUUCAUCUUCGUUUGGUAGAGAUAGCCUCCACAGUGCCUAGCUCAUUGGUGAAUCUGUCUUCUCUGACAUCUCUUCGUCUUCAAGCAUGUAACUUGGAGGGAAACUUCCCGGUAGGCAUUUUCCACCUACCAAACUUGCAAGUACUUGACUUGGCCUAUAACAACAAUCUAACCGGUUAUUUUCCUGAGGACCUUAACAUGAGCAGCCCCUUGAAGAUAUUGAAUCUGCCGUCAACCAAUUUCUCUGGUCAUCUACCUGAUUCAAUCGGAAACCUUCGUGCCUUAAAUUUGCUGAAUAUAUCAUCCUGUCACUUUUAUCCCCAUGUUCCAUCUUCACUUUCCAACCUUACCCAGCUCAAUCUUCUUGAUCUUUCUUCCUUUUAUGACUAUAGUUAUCGACCUUACCUUCCAUCAAUCCAUACUUUCAGUGGCCAAGCUUCAGAUUCCUGGUCAGGGAUAGGAAAGCUGACCAAACUCUACAACUUGGUUCUUCAGGAUACCAACUUAAGGGGAGAUUUGCCAUCUUCUUUGGCUAAUCUGACUCAACUUUUGGAAUUAGACUUGAGCCAGAAUCAAUUAAGUGGUGAAAUCCCAUGCUUCUUGGCAAAUCUGACACAACUUACAAAAUUACGAUUGGGCUACAAUCAAAUAAGUGGUCAAAUCCCUUCUUGCCUAGAGCAGUUGAACCAAUUGACAUUAUUAGACUUACGAUCCAACCAUCUUCAAGGAACCAUCCCCAGGUCACUUUUCCAGCUUACAAGUCUUGAAUAUAUAUUCCUCAACUCAAAUAACUUGAGUGGAAAUGUUGAAUUCGAUGACUUUUCCAAGCUAAAAAAGUUGAGGGGACUUCGUUUGUCGCUCAACAAGUUAUCUGUGCAGAUCAAAACUGGAUUUACUGCUAUUCCUCCAAAGAUUAAUUUACUAGAAUUGGGUUCAUGCAAUUUAACAGAGUUUCCAGAAUUUUUGAAAUACACUAGUGAACUGAUGCAUCUAGAUCUAUCUGACAACAAUCUUCAUGGCCAAAUACCAAAAUGGAUGUGGAAUUCUACUAGUGAAUCAUUGAGAUACCUCAACCUCUCUCAUAACCACUUAACUGGAUUUGAAGAAAAUCCCGUCAUUAUUCCAUGGAAUCAGUUAAGCUCCUUACAGCUAGACUCUAAUAUGUUACAAGGAUCACUGCCAGUUCCAGUGCCGUCAAUUGCGGUCUAUUCUAUUUCAAACAAUGGAUACACGGGAGAAAUUCCAGCAACAUUCUGCAAUGCGGGGACCCUGAAUAUUCUUGAUUUAUCUAACAACAACCUGAAUGGCAUGAUUCCCCAAUGCUUUGAGAAUUUUGGAGCUCUUCAGAUAUUGAAACUGCGGAACAAUUCUUUUCAUGGGGAUAUUCCUCAAAUAUGUUUAAACACAAGUAUGGAGUUAGCCGCUAUUGACUUGAGUUAUAAUCAGCUACAGGGGAAGCUACCAAGAUCAAUUGCCAAUUGUCCUCGGUUGAUGUUUCUUAAUUUGGGAAAUAAUCAGAUCAGUGAUACAUUCCCAUCUUGGUUAGGAGUGCUUCAACAAUUAAGAGUUCUCAUAUUGCGGUCUAAUGCAUUUCAUGGCAUAAUUGGAAAGCCUACAAGUGGCAUUGAGUUCCCUUUGCUGUCCAUUGUUGAUUUAUCUAGCAACAAUUUUUCAGUUUUUAACAAAGGUGUUGAACUGAAGUACUUCAAGACCCCUUAUCUUCUGAGACUCAUAGACCUCUCAAGUAACAGAUUUGAAGGACAGAUUCCGGCUCUCAUUGGGAAUCUAAGAGCGCUUCAUUUGCUCAAUCUUUCCAACAACACGCUCACUGGUCCCAUCCCCUCUUCUUUUGGGAACUUGACUGCUGUUGAAUCGUUGGAUCUCUCCCAAAAUCAGCUCUCAGGAAAGAUUCCCAGUGAUCUAGCACAACUGACAUUCCUUGCAUACUUUAAUGUAUCCCACAAUCUUCUUUAUGGUCCUAUCCCACAAGGUCGACAGUUUGAUACAUUCCAAGAGAAUAUGUACCAAGGAAACUCAGGUUUAUGUGGAAAACCUUUAUCAAAGAAAUGUGAAGAUUCUGAGAGCGCAACACCACAAACACCAACUUUUGAACAAGAGGAAGACUCAGGAUUUCAAAUUGAACUAGAUUGGUAUGUGAUUCUGCCAGGAGUUGUUACUGGUCUAAUAGUUGGAGUGUGGUUGGAGAAAACUUUUGGACAGCCAAGAAGCAUCACUGGUUUGUGGAGACAUUUAGCAGGAGUUAGCCGAGAAGCACAAGGUGAGAGAGGGGAAUCAGAACUUGGUCCUUAUUUAUUCCAUGUAUGUAGGUGCUCGGUUCAUGAACAUUAG